AUGAGCUACGGGGUGAGCGCCCCCUUCACGGCAAACAUCGGGUCGAGGAAGAGCAACGUUGCUCCGUCAUUGAUCUGCCUUCACUUGGGCGGGGAGGGCAGCGACGUGGGCACUGCUUGCUGGAAGAGGCUUAUGGAUGAGCACCUGCUUGAUGCCAGCGGCCGGCCCACAGAAGGAGCGUUCUUUGGUUGCAGCACGCCCUUCUUCGCAGAGAGCACCACCGGCAGGUAUGUUCCGCGAGCAGUCUUUGCGGGCUACGGGGCGGCAAGGAUGGAAUCUGUCUCGAAAGCUGGUCUUUUUGCACCGACGUCAGUGCUG